AUGGCCAUUUGUACAACGGUAUAUCGAACCACUGCCAUUGGAGGGAGAAUUGAUGGACUUCGACAUGUCGAAUUCACUGGCCAAUCUCAAGACAAACUUCGGCAUGAUUUUGUCCAACUACCUUUCGGUUCUUGCCAUACUUCUUCCAUUUUGGUCCUUGCGACGUGCCUUGUUGUCUCUACUUACAACCUCUAUUUUCACCCAAUCUCAAGCUAUCCUGGACCACGACUUUGGGCCAUCAGUAGAUUCCCAUACGUGGUAUCCCUAUAUCGGGGACGAUUUCACAUCGAUAUCAAAGAGAUCCAUAAUAGAUACGGCCCGGUUGUACGCAUAGCCCCCGAUGAGUUGUCUUUCAUUGAGGCAUCUGCAUGGAGUGGCAUAUACACCGGUGGUGUUGCAAACCAAGGAUUUAUCAAGCACAAAGCCUACAGUGAUGCUCAAGGAUUCGAAUCACUCUUCGACGCAUCGGACGAGAAUCAUGCCAGGUUGCGAAAGCUUCUUGGAAAACGAUUUUUCGCUGCCGCUUCAGCCAAUAAACAAGAGGAAGUCAUCCAAUCAUACACUGAUAUUUUGAUCAAAAGACUCAAAGAACAAGUUCGCGAGGUCCCAAUUGGAAACCAAGCAUCAAAAGAUGACAAAAAAGCGACCGAGUCUGGCGUCAUCAAUCUCCAAGAAUGGUACAAUUAUACCACUUUCGACAUCGCGGGAAAGUUCACCCUCAGUGAAGAUUUUGGAUGUCUCGAAGGCUCUACCUAUCACCCAUGGAUACUGAUGGUUCUAACACACUUCAAAAUGUCUGCGCUUGUCAUGGCGCUUCGCCUUUAUACACCACUAGAUGUUCUCUUCGUCAAAUUUGCACCCGCCAGGUUUUUAAGACUCAAACAUGAGUUUCUGCGACUGACCAGAGAGAAAUUCGGUCGGCGACUAUCCAAGACAUACCCUACCUCUCAAGACGAUUUUUUUGCCGCUAUAUUCAACGACCCAAAGAGUGGAGGCGUUACAAGAGAUGAGCUCGAGGCAAACUGCAUACUUAUGAUCCUUGCCGGCAGUGAAACUAUGGCUACUUCACUCUUGAGUGCCACCAAUUUCUUAUGCAAAAGCCCUCAAGUUUUACAAAAGCUAACCGAAGAAAUCCGACAAUACGACAAAGAAGGUGACCUGAAGCUUACCAAUCUCAAUCAAUUGCCGUAUUUGAAUGCAGUAAUCCGAGAAACACAUCGUGUAUGCCUACCGCUCGCAAAUGCCCCCGCUCGUGUUGUUGGUCCAGGCAGUGCUAUGAUCAGCGGGCGAUCUAUUCCUCUCUUUGAAAAUUACCAUAGCUUUUAUUCAACCUCAUCAGAAUUAAGAUUAUUUCAAUUUGAUCUCAAAGCUUUAAUAUAA